UGUAGAUUUCUGCUUCUCAUUAUCUUCCCAAACUUUACUUUAAUUAAUCUAUAUCAUGGCUUUGACCUGUUUUGGUAACGUGUUGUUCAUCUCAAUUUUAGUUAUUAUUACGUCUUCUCUUGAAUUAGUGAAUGCCUCAUCCAUGGAAUUCCAAGUUGGUGAUACUACUGGUUGGACAGUUCCUCCCCAAAAUGACACAAUUUUUUACAACAACUGGGCUUCCGCUAUGAGGUUCAAAAUUGGCGACACUAUCCGUUUCAAGUACAAGAAGGAUUCAGUGAUGGAGGUGACCGAUAAAGAUUACAAGAAAUGCAACUCAACACAGCCUCAUUUCUUUUCCAACAGUGGGAACACCAUGUUCACGUUGGAGCAUUCUGGCUAUUAUUAUUUCAUAAGUGGAGCAGCAGGACACUGUGAGCGAGGACAACGAAUGAUACUAAGGGUUAUGGUCCAGGAUCUCAUACCUACUGCUUCUCAUGCCUCAUUCUCAUUCCCAAUCUUUCAACAACUUCAACUUCUCUUCUUUCUUUUCCUUUCACUUGUUUUAUCUUAACUUCUUACUACGA